AUGGCACAAGAAGAAGGUCCGUGGUCAGAAAGCCAAUGGUUUCCCGCGAACGAAAACAUUCGCCGCGACUGGAAUCAACCCAACGAUUUCUACAGUGAAGAAGAAAAUGAUCGUAGAUGGCGCAUGCAAAAUGGCACUUGGCCUUUGAAUGAGAGUAUCAAAGAGAUAGAUGGCGAAUGCGACGCAUGGUUAAUCUGCAAUCUCAUCCUGCGGCGCACCGAAGGCCGAUCUCCCUCUGCAGAUUGGUACGAUGAAAAGGACAAUUCCAGCUAUCACAUCACGGAUGCUCCUUUCCCACCACCCAAAGCUACUUAUCAAGAACGCUCAACGAACUAUUUUCGUGGUACUGAACAACCGUUGGUAGAACUCCUUGAUGUACGCACCUGGAUGCUCGACAACACGACCUGGUCAAUUGGAUACGGCGCUGUCCUGAAAAUGGAUUUCAUUUUUAGUUUACAAGAUUACACACCCCAACACGUAACUCUCAACGCUAUAAAGAGCAAGCUUGAUUCUCGCAGAUUUAAAGUUCCAAAUGUCAUACGUCACGAAGUGCAGAUGAAACGAAAGAUCACAUUUGAAACACAAAUUUUUGGAUUAAAUUUGGGACAAGCUUGGUUAUUUCUAUCGAGUGAAAAUAAGGAGCGUUACAUAGCUGCUGUCGCGGAUUUUUGCUUUGAGCUGUCCAAAUUCAAGGGUGAUAAGAUUGGCAGUGUUGAGGGAAAAGCCAUACAGGAUCUCGCUAUACCGGCGGAUGGCUUCGAGCCGCCGAAUUACCAAAAAUCAUAUUCCCCGGAAAUCAUACACAAAGGCUGGGCAACCAAGGGUUUAGAAUCUGCUCUCUCUGAAUUCUGUUUCUCGCACAAUCAUUGUACCCCGGAUAAUAUCAUUCUGGUAGAUGGUCUUCCGGUAGAUGGUAUUCCGGCAGGAGGAGAUUCCCUCCCAGCGAUUGGUAUUGUAGACUGGUCGGCUGCAGGAUUUGUGCCGAAGGCCUGGGCUCGCACGAGGUUUGCUGUGGAUAUGGAUUGUGAUUUGCCGAUCUACCACAGGUUGAGGAAGGGUAAGCCUUCAGGAAUUCCAGUGACCGACGCUCAUAGCUUUAGAUGGGGUGUCUGGAAGCUCUUGGGGAAUGACCCAUAUAAUAUGCCCGAGGUGAACGAUCUGUGGUGGAAGGCUCAUCCUGAGUUCGCUGCGUUGGUGGGACCGGAGUUUAUUCAAGGAAGGAUGUCUGCACCCCUGUCAAUGGAUUGUAAUCCUGAUGAUUUUGACACAUUAUAA